GUUCCAUUUUCGAUUCGUUCCCCUUAUUGCGUACACACUGUUGUCACGAGCUGUGUGGAGCAACUCACUACGUCGUCAAAGAUGAUGAUGCAGAAAGACCACGUCAGUAUGCACCCGCCGAUACCCGCCGCGCCCAAGUACUCGCCCUUACAUAGACACGAUCACAGUUCCGAAAUGAUGCGAAGACACUGCAUGGCAACUACUACGAGCAAUAUAUUCGGCGGAUUGGAUGACAGUUUACUGGCACGGGCAGAGGCACUGGCUGCAGUGGAUGCGGUCUCCGUAGCAAAAGGAGCACCUGGUUUGAAUUUCAAGAACGACACUGGCUACCAUCAUCACAUGAACGGUUCAAACCACCAUCCGCAUCUUUCCGCUCCUACCUCAAGAUCUAUACACCCAGGCCUAGAUCAUGGAGAACUUCUUGGGGAUCCAAUGUCCAUGGCGAUAUCCAUGUCAAAUCCAAUGCCGUUUACAAGUAUCGGAGAUUCGAUCACGACGAUGGCGCAGCAUCAUCAGAGUCAUGUCAGCAUGUCCGGACACCACCACCACGUCAUGGCAGCCCCACACUCUAUGAUGACACACGGCAUGACGGACUUAGACACGGAUCCAAGAGAAUUGGAAGCGUUUGCUGAACACUUCAAACAGCGUCGCAUCAAACUGGGUGUCACACAGUGUGAUGUCGGGUCGGCACUGGGCAAUCUAAAACUCCCCGGCGUUGGGUCGUUAAGCCAGAGUACAAUCUGUCGUUUUGAGUCACUGACACUAAGCCACAAUAACAUGAUCGCUCUGAAGCCAAUACUCAGUGCCUGGCUUGAGGAAGCCGAGAAAGCUGCCAAAAGCAAAGACAAAAAUCCAGAUAUUUUCAGCAACGGCGAAAAGAAACGCAAACGGACGAGCAUUGCGGCGCCGGAGAAACGAUCAUUGGAAGCGUAUUUCGCGGUUCAGCCACGACCAUCCAGUGAAAAGAUUGCAGCCAUUGCCGAGAAGCUUGAUCUAAAGAAAAAUGUAGUGCGCGUGUGGUUCUGUAACCAAAGGCAAAAGCAAAAGAGGAUGAAAUUCUCGGCACAAGGCAGGUGAUCACAAUUCCGAACUUUUAAAAAACGAACUCACACGAUAUGGGACGAGAAGCUCCAUCUCUUUAGCGUCUAUCGGUAUUGUAAGAUUUCCGUUACAUACACCCAUUUAAUUUUAUUUAUUUACGUUUUGUCAUACUUUUUUAAUCUUAUAUUGUCAUAAUCUGUUAAUUUGAACACAAGGUACCGUACUUAGAAUCGCAGCCAGAAAUUAUUUUUUAUUUGAUGUAUUUGAACUCUUUGAGCUGGCAACGGUGCGACAAAAUAGUUAAUGGUUCGAGCACUCGUUUUAACUUUCCUUAUCGUCUUUUAACUUGAUGGGAAGAUGGGCGAUUUGGAGAUAAACUAAGACAAUAGAUAGUAUGAAUAUUUUUGGGCUGUUUGUUUGUAGUGACUCUUGGCUCGUAACACAACAAUCAUUAUGAUACCGUGUCGUUUUGACAUCAAUUCUAUGUUAUCGGUGAUUGUAAUGUUAAGGGGGAUUCCUAUUGUCACAGUAUCAGAGAAAUAUCCAGGUUCUCAGUAUAAAUUCGAAAUCAUCAACAUUAGAACAAAUUCUUUUUGUAUAUUAUCAUAUAUUUUUUAACAUUGUUAACAAAAAUUUCGCUUCUGAAUUUGAAAACUGUUUUAAACACAGAAAACACACCCGUCGUUAGACAUUUUAAUUGGACAGAGGAGAUAGAUUCGAUGCGUCGCGCAUGCAAAACAAAAGCUCUUCUUUUCCGAGGGGACUUUUUCACGGCUUUUCGCAUCGAAGCGAAGCCAAUUAUUUUAAUGUUUGGAUGUACUUAGAGAGGGAGGGUAAUUUAUCUUUUGAUAUGUAUGUGAUGAUUUUGAUAGUAAAAUUACAUAUCACUAUAUUACCAUGAAAUUACAAUAUUUCAUUUCUAUAAUAAUAGUACAAGAAACAAGAACGUGUGAAUAUCAGAAUAUUUUUUUCUGUAUUGCUCCGCCUUCUAUGUUCUGUGUUCGUGCCAUUUUCUUUCUGAUGGCUUACACUUUAAAUACUAGCACCACAAAGACAAUAAAUAUAAAUAAUAUUGUGUCACGA